AUGCCGCUCUGCACGCACCCCGCCUCGGCGCAGUACUCGGACCGAGUGCGGGGAACAAUCACGUGCACGCUCUGCGGCGACCUUGUGCAGGAUCAGCAGUUUGAGCUGGAUCCGGUGUUUGCCCGCGAGGAAAAGUCAAAUGCACGGGGCCUGCGCUCACUUGGGCAUCUUCGUCCCACACGGGGAGUCAUUGGGGCGAGGAUGCCGUCCGCCCGCCCUUCCAUAGAGGUCGCUCGGCGUGGCAUGGUUUCCAUUGCGCGUCAGCUAGAUAUCAGCGAUGACAUGAUUGAGAUGGCGUUGGCUAUAUACAAGUUGGCGGUGGGCCUGAACGCGGUGUCCGGUGCUCGACCCGCCGUUUUGUCGGCCGUCCUCUACGCCGUGUGUCGUCGUGAACGGACCUCGCACAUGAUAUACGACUUUUCCGAGGUGACGGGGGAAAGUCCGUAUGAGAUUUUGUCCUACAUGCGUCAGAUUUGCGAGGCGACGCACACCGAAGUGCCCGUCAUCGACCCUUCCUGCAUGGUGCACCGCUUUGCGGAGCAGAUGGAUUUAGGCGCCAUGACAGGGCCCGUGGUGGUAUGUGCGUUGAAGGUGCUUCGUGCCAUGCGGGACGAUUGGAUCAGCUGUGGGAGGCGGCCUAUGGGGGUUUGCGUUGCGGCUCUGCUCGUCGCAUGCUACAUGUUUAACAUCCCGCGCUCCCCGGAUGAGGUGUGUGGCUUUGUUCGCCUCACGGCUGGAACCAUUGUGCGGCGCCUGGACGAGUUCGCAUCCACAACAACGGCCGGGUUGCAAAGUAUUGAUGAGUACACGAAGAGUGAGGUUUCACUGCCUCCGUCGUUUAGUUCCUCCGGCCCGACUCCCGCCGACGCUGACGUGGAUGCCGAAAUGCGGAGGCUCUCAGCGACUUACUACGAGCUUGUGGCGGAGGCCAAGGUCUCCGCCCCCGCGACGGCAGAGCGCUGCGAGAAGUGGCGACGCUUCCUUGAGCGCCACUGUGAGCUGGAAAACACCACAGCCACGGAGGCGAACCUGGACCUGGCUAAGCUGUCGCCGCAGCAGCAGCUGCAGAUACUCGGCCUUCCCAACACGAAGCCGAUGGACCCGGAAAAGGUGCGGGAGAGUGUGCGGCGGGAGGAGGUGAAGAUACUGCUGAAGCAGGAGCGCAGUGAGUCGGAGUGUGCCUCACAGCCCUCAAACGGGCUUUCGCAAAUGCCUCCGCCGACACAGUUGGAGCCGCCAAUGCGGCAGAUGACGGCGUACUACCAAGAACUCAUGAACCAAGACCCGAAUGUUUUGGAACUUCGUCGGGAAUUUGACUUUGCAGACGCGGGCGCGGACGACGGCCCUGCCCCAACUUUGCCCCUUCCGCCCAACGCAGCGGGAAGCGCGGCGACGCUGCCGGAGUCCCUUGCAGAGGCGCUGUACGAUCGCGAAAGACGCUUCGCUUUGCCGUGGGAGUUUAUCGUCUUGCAGGAUCCUGCCCUGGAGGACACCACCGACCUGGACCCCUACCUGGUGCUGGACAACGAGGAACGACUGCGUCGCCAGAAGGUGGGGGAGGCCCUCUACGGGGAAGCCUGGGACCUCGGCAAGGCGCGCACGAAGGAGGAAAUUGAGAAACUCGAGGAGUCGCGCACGACACGGAAGCGACGACGCGAGCCCAUUAAGGAGCACGCAACCGUGCAGGAUGCGUUAACGCGUGCAUUGAGGGGCCGAGGCGCCGGAUCCGUGAAUGUAUCGCAUAUUGAUGAACUUGUGCCUGGUCUCACGAGCGAGUUUGACGGUGGGACGGAGGAUGACUGGUUAAACGAAUGA